AUGUCUUCUGAACCUUUUUGUCUGGCUGCUCAAGCUAGGUUUGACUCCAAAUGGUUGAAGACAGACUUACAGCUUGCCUUUACACGAGAUGGACUGUGUGGCUUGUGGAAUGAAAUGGUGAAAGAUGGGGAGAUUGUGUAUCCUGGAACAGAGUUAACACAAAGUGGCGAACUACCUCCAAGAAAAGAUGAUAGCACUGAAUGCCAAACUGCAUCAAAGAAAGAAGAGCAAAACGACAAAGAAAAGAAAGAUGAAGAAGAGACUCCUCUGCCCACUUACAGGGCCAAAUCAAUUGUUGAGAGUUGGGUGUGGGGCAAACAACCAGAUGUGAAUGAGUUGAAGGAGUGCCUUCACGUACUAGUGAAGGAACAGCAAACUCUGGCCACACAAACUGCUACAACAGCUCUUUCAGCUAUGAGGCUAAAGCAGAGGCUGGUUAUCCUGGAACGAUACUUCAUUGCAUUGAACAGAACAGUUCUUCAAGACAAUGUCAAAGUUAAGUGGAAAAGCAGUAGUAUUCCUCUGCCAGCUGUGGAUAAGAAAAGCCCAAGACCUGUAGGCAAAGGCGUAGAAGGACUUGCGCGUGUUGGAUCCCGAGCAGCACUUUCAUUUGCAUUUGCGUUCCUUCGUAGAGCCUGGAGGUCAGGUGAAGAUGCAGACCUGUGCAGUGAAUUGUUACAGGAAUCACUUGAUGCACUACGAGCUCUACCAGAGGCAUCACUUUUUGAUGAAGGGACUGUAUCUUCUGUAUGGCUGGAAGUGGUGGAAAGAGCUACUAAAUUCCUAAGGUCUGUUGUGACUGGAGAUGUGCAUGGAGCUCCCAGUACCAAAGGGCCAGGAAACAUUCCGUUACAAGACCAGCACUUGGCACUGGCCAUAUUGCUAGAACUGGCAGUGCAGAGGGGUACGCUGAGCCAAAUGUUGUCCGCAGUUAUGUUGUUGCUUCAACUUUGGGAUAAUGGAACGAGGGAAACUGAUAAUGAGCGAUCUGCACAAGGAACAAGUGCACCCCUUCUGCCUUUGCUACAAAGAUUUCAGAGUAUAAUAUGUAAUAAAGAUGUGCCCAAUACUGAGGAAGAAAUUCAGCUCCUGACUUACCCUCUGAGUCCAAAUGAAAGUUUUCUAAGGUAUCUGACUUUACCACAGGACAAUGAGCUAGCGAUUGAUCUGAGACAAACAGCUGUAGUGAUCAUGGCCCAUUUAGAUCGUCUGGCGACCCCAUGUAUGCCUCCACAGUGUAGCUCUCCUACGUCUCAUAAGGGAUCUCUGCAAGAGGUUAUUGCUUGGGGUUUAAUAGGUUGGAAAUAUUAUGCUAAUGUGAGUGGUCCAAUUCAAUGUGAAGGACUCGCCAAUCUUGGCGUUGUGCAGGUUGCCUGUGCAGAGAAACGUUUUCUAAUAUUAUCUAGGAAUGGACGAGUGUAUACACAAGCGUACAACAGCGAUACUCUGGGACCACAACUGGUGCAGAGUCUAGCUUCUAGGAAUAUUGUGAAGAUAGCAGCACAUUCAGAUGGGCAUCACUAUCUUGCUUUGUCAGCAAAUGGUGAAGUUUUCUCUUGGGGUUGUGGAGAUGGUGGAAGACUAGGCCAUGGGGAUACAGUCCCUCUGGAGGAACCUAAGAUGAUAUCUGCUUUAUCUGGAAAGCAAGCUGGGAAACAUGUUGUUCAUAUUGCCUGUGGAAGCACUUACAGUGCAGCCAUUACUGCAGAAGGAGAGCUGUAUACAUGGGGACGAGGAAACUACGGCAGGCUUGGUCAUGGUUCCAGUGAAGAUCAGACCAUCCCAAUGCUGGUCACGGGGCUGAAAGGACUCAAAGUUAUUGAUGUGUCCUGUGGGAGCGGAGAUGCUCAGACUCUUGCAGUUACUGAAAAUGGCCAGGUCUGGUCUUGGGGUGAUGGAGAUUAUGGCAAACUGGGAAGAGGAGGCAGUGAUGGUUGCAAGACUCCCAAGUUGAUAGAAAAACUUCAAGAUCUGGACAUUGUGAAAGUACGCUGCGGCAGUCAGUUUUCUAUUGCUUUAACCAAAGAUGGCCAGGUCUACACCUGGGGAAAAGGUGACAAUCAGAGACUUGGGCAUGGAACGGAAGAGCAUGUUCGAUAUCCCAAACUCCUGGAAGGCUUGAAAGGAAAAAAAGUGGUAGAUGUGGCAGCUGGAUCUACUCAUUGUUUAGCACUGACUGAAGAUAGCGAAGUGCAUAGCUGGGGAAGCAAUGAUCAGUGUCAACAUUUUGAUACUUUGCGGAUCACCAAACCAGAGCCUGCAGCACUCCCAGGAUUAGACACAAAACAUAUCGUUGGAAUUGCUUGUGGGCCUGCUCAGAGUUUUGCUUGGUCAUCAUGUUCAGAAUGGUCAAUAGGCUUGCGAGUGCCUUUUGUGGUGGAUGUUUGCCCCAUGACAUUUGAGCAGCUAGAUCUGUUACUAAGACAAGUGACAGAGGGGAUGGAUGGCUCCUCUGACUGGCCCCCUCCUCAGGAAAAGGAGUGUAUGGCUGUGGCAACAUUAAACCUUCUAAGGCUUCAGCUUCACGCUGCCAUUAGUCAUCAGGUGGAUCCGGAAUGCCUUGGCUUAGGUUUGGGCAGUAUCCUGCUCAAUAGCCUGAAACAGACAGUGGUAACAUUAGCAAGCAAUGCUGGUGUUCUUAAUACUGUGCAAUCGGCCGCUCAAGCAGUGCUGCAGAGUGGAUGGUCUGUGUUACUGCCAACAGCAGAAGAGCGGGCUAGGGCGCUCUCAGCGCUCUUACCCAGUGCAGUUUCAGGAAAUGAAAUGAAUGUAAGUCCAGGCCGUAGAUUUAUGAUUGACCUCUUGGUGGGCAGCUUGAUGGCUGAUGGAGGCUUAGAGUCUGCGCUGAAUGCUGCUAUCACUGCAGAAAUUCAGGAUAUUGAAGCAAAAAAAGAAGCACAGAAAGAAAAAGAAAUUGAUGAACAAGAAGCAAAUGCAUCAACACUUCACAGGAGCAGGACUCCAUUGGACAAAGACCUUAUUAAUACUGGAAUCUAUGAAUCUGCAGGAAAACAAAGUUUGCCAUUAGUUCAGUUAAUUCAGCAGUUACUAAGGAACAUCGCUUCACAGACGAUAGCCAAACUGAAAGAUGUUGCUCGUCGCAUUUCUUCCUGCAUGGACCAUGAACAUUGUAGCAAAGAGAGAUCCGCUUCUCUGGACCUGUUGCUCCGUUUUCAGCGUCUGCUUGUUAGUAAACUUUACCCAGGAGAUUGUGUUGGGCAGGUCCCUAAUACAUACAGCCCUGACCUCUUAGGUGUUGGUUCUUUACUGAAGAAAUACACGGCUCUUCUGUGCACUCACAUUGGUGAUAUACUUCCUGUGGCAACCAGCAUUGCUUCUACUAGUCACAGGCAUUUUGCAGAAGUAUCUCAUGUUGUGGAUGGAGAUUUAACAGGCAUUCUUCUUCCAGAAUUGGUGGUUUCUAUAGUGCUACUCCUCAGUAAAAAUGCUGGAUUAAUGCAGGAAGCUGGUGCUAUCCCUCUGUUGGCUGGCUUGCUAGAACAUCUGGACAGAUUUAACCAUUUAGCCCCUGGAAAGGAAAGGGAUGACAAUGAGGAUUUAGCAUGGCCGGGAAUAAUGGGUUCAUUUUUUACUGGCCAGAGCUGCAGAAAUAAUGAGGAAGUGACACUUAUACGUAAAGCUGAUCUAGAGAACCACAACAAAGAUGGAGGAUUUUGGACAGUGAUUGAUGGGAAAGUGUAUGACAUAAAGGACUUCCAAACCCAGUCUUUAACUGGCAAUAGUAUACUUGCUCAGUUUGCAGGUGAGGACCCAGUUGUUGCUUUGGAAGCUGCUUUGCAAUUUGAGGACACGCGGGAGUCAAUGCAUGCCUUUUGUGUUGGCCAGUACAUGGAGCCUGACCAGGAAGUGAUUACCACACCAGACCUCAGUACUUUGUCAUCACCUCUAAUAGACACAGAAAGGAAUUUGGGUCUUCUCCUUGGACUGCACGCUUCCUACCUGGCAAUGAGCACACCACUUUCUCCUCUGGAAGUUGAAUGUGCCAAAUGGUUGAAGUCAUCUAUCUUUUCUGGAGGCUUGCAAACUAGUCAGAUUCAUUACAGUUACAAUGAGGAAAAAGAUGAAGACCAUUGCAGUUCACCUGGUAACACUACCCCAAAUAAAUCAAAACUCUAUACACAUCGAUUAACUUUGAGUGACCAUUCACAACCUUUUCUCCAAGCCAUUGCAGAUAAUAAUAUUCAGGAUCACACUGUGAAGGACUUCUUGUGUCAAAUAGAGCGAUACUGUAAACAGUGUCACUUAACAACACCAAUCACAUUCCCUCCUGAGCAUCCUGUGGAAGAAGUAGGACGUUUGUUAUUAUGUUGUCUUCUGAAGCACGAAGAUUUGGGUCACAUAGCACUGUCUCUUGUUCAUCCUGGUACCCUUGGAGUUGACCAGGUAAAGCACAAAACCUUACCGAAAUCUGUAGUGGAUGUGUGUCGUGUUGUCUACCAAGCAAAAUGCUCACUGAUUAAGACCCAUCAAGAACAAGGACGUUCUUACAAGGAAGUUUGUGCUCCUGUCAUUGAGCGUCUGAGAUUCUUAUUCAAUGAACUGCGUCCUGCAGUUUGCAAUGAUCUCUCUAUAAUGUCUAAAUUUAAACUUCUGAGUUCCUUGCCCCGAUGGCGGAGGGUAGCUCAGAAAAUAAUUAGAGAAAAAAGGAAAAAAAGAGUGCCAAAAAAAUCUGAAUCUGCUGAUGUGGAAGAAUCCAAAAUUGGAAAUGAAGAGAGUGAUUUAGAAGAAUCCUGUGUGGUAUCUCACAGUCCUGUACCUAUAGAUAAAAGGCCUAUACCAAUCAAAUCACCCAAGGAUAAGUGGCAGCCACUUUUGAGUACAGUUACAGGUGUCCACAAGUAUAAAUGGCUGAAGCAAAAUGUCCAAGGCCUAUAUCCGCAGUCUGCCCUCCUUAACACCAUUGUUGAAUUUGCACUUAAAGAAGAGCCAGUGGAUGUAGAAAAAAUGAGAAAGUGUUUAUUAAAACAGUUGGAAAGAGCUGAAGUUCGUCUGGAGGGAAUAGAUACCAUUCUGAAAUUGGCAGCAAAAAAUUUUUUGCUCCCAUCUGUGCAGUAUGCUAUGUUCUGUGGAUGGCAGAGGCUGAUUCCAGAAGGAGCCAAUAUAGGGGAACCUCUUACCGACUGCUUGAAGGAUGUUGAUCUGAUCCCACCGUUUAACAGAAUGCUGCUAGAAGUAACUUUUGGAAAGUUGUAUGCAUGGGCUAUUCAGAAUGUCCGGAACAUCUUACUAGAUGCUAAUGCAAAGUUUAAAGAACUAGGUGUGCAGCCUGUUCCUCUACAAACAAUUACUAAUGAGAAUCCAGCAGGACCAAGUCUUGGAACUAUUCCACAAGCACGUUUUCUGCUGGUCAUGCUCAACAUGUUGACGUUGCAGCACGGUGCUAAUACCUUGAGCCUCCUACUUAAUUCUGGCAUGCUAGCAUUGACGCAAACAACGCUGCGGCUGAUAGGACCUAGUUCUGAUAACAUUGAAGAAGAUAUGAUUACCUCUUCUCAUGGAGCUUCUGCCACAGUCCUAGAAGAGUCAAGAAAGGAAACUACACCUGUUCAGCUCCCUGUUUCUGGACCAGAGCUGGCAGCCAUGAUGAAAAUUGGUACCAGAGUGGUGAGAGGGGUAGACUGGAAAUGGGGUGAUCAGGAUGGACCCGCUCCUGGUUUGGGUCGUGUGAUUGGAGAACUGGGAGAAGAUGGCUGGAUUAGAGUGCAGUGGGACACCGGAAGUACAAAUUCUUACAGAAUGGGGAAGGAGGGAAAAUAUGAUCUCAAACUAGCUGAGCCACCGCCAGCAACACAGCCCACAACAGAGGAUUCAGACACUGAGGAUGACUCUGAAGGAGAACAAGUUGAAAGGAAUCUCCACCCUACAUCCAUGAUGCUGAUAAGUACCGUGAACCUGUUGCAGACGCUGUGUCUCUCGGCUGGUGUCCAUGCUGAAGUCAUGCAAAGUGAUGCUACUAGGACUUUGUGUGGUCUACUCCGUAUGCUUGUGGAGAGUGGAACAAUAGAUAAAUCAGCUUCCUUGCCAAAUAAAUUAGUUUAUAAAGAACAGCAUAGGAGUUGGUGCACGUUGGGAUUCAUUCGAAGUAUAGCACUCAUGCCUCAGAUGUGCAGCACUCUUAGUACAUCUCAGUGGAUAACUUUGCUAAUGAAAAUUGUUGAGGGGCAUGAAUCUUUCACUGCUGCUUCACUACAGAGACAGAUCCUUGCUGUACAUUUAUUGAAAGCAGUACUUCCAUCCUGGGAUAAAAAUGAAAGGUCGAGAGACAUGAAAUUUCUUGUGGAAAAACUGUUUGGAUUUUUAGGCAGCCUGCUUAGUACUUGUUCUUCAGAUAUCCCACUACUCAGAGAAUCUACUCUGAGAAGGAGAAAGGCCAGGCCCCAAGCAUCUCUAACUGCCACUCACAGUAGUACUUUAGCAGAAGAGAUAGUGGCACUGCUGAGGACGCUCCAUUCGCUCAGCCAGUGGAAUGGACUCAUAAACAAGUACAUCAACUCUCAGCUAACCUCCAUCACCCACAUCUUUGCAGGAAAACAGUCAGAAGGGGCUGUGUUGGAUGACUACUUUCCUGACACUGAGAAUCCGGAGGUGGGAGGCCUAAUGGCAGUGUUAGCGGUGAUCGGUGGCAUAGACAGUCGCUUGAGACUGGGUGGACAAGUAGUUCAUGAUGAAUUUGGAGAAGGCACAGUGACACGCAUCACCCCAAAAGGGAAAAUCACUGUACAGUUCUAUGACAUGCGAACAUGUAGAGUGUGCCCUCUGAAUCAACUAAAACCACUUCCAGUUGUGGCUUUUAAUGUGAACAACUUGCCUUUUACUGAACCUAUGCUAUCCAUUUGGGCUCAACUAGUUAAUCUGGCUGGAAGUAAAAUAGAAAAACAAAGAAUGAAGUCUCCCAAUCAGGGUCUUUCAGGUCAAGUGGAUUUGGAUCUACUGCGAUGCCAGCAAUUAAAGCUGUACAUACUGAAAGCAGGCAGAGCUCUGCUUUCUCACCAGGAUACACUAAGGCAGAUCUUAUCUCAGCCAGCUGUUCAGGAGUGUGCAUUAAAUCCUGCAGAGGAUGGAGCAGUUGCCUCUCCCGACAUAGGAGAUAUGUCUCCUGAAGGACCUCAGCCUCCCAUGAUUCUUUUACAGCAACUUUUGACAGCUGCUACGCAACCAUCACCUGUGAAAGCCAUAUUUGACAAACAAGAGCUUGAGGCUGCUGCUUUGGCAGUAUGCCAGUAUCUGGCUGUAGAGUCUACACAUCCUUCAACUCCAGUGUUUGAAGACUGCAGCUCUAGUGAAGCUACGACACCCAUCACAGUGCAACAUAUCCGACCCACAAAAGUGAAGAAACGCAAGCAAUCUCCAAUUCCACCCCUCCCCAUUGUAGUUCAGCUUAUGGAAAUGGGAUUUCCUAGGAAAAACAUAGAAUUUGCACUAAAAUCUCUGUCUGGAACCUCUGGAAGUGCUUCUGGAUUACCAGGAGUGGAAGCCUUGGUUGGCUGGUUGUUGGAUCACCCUGAUGUUCAAAUUACGGAUCUCUCUGAUGCUGAUACUAUCUCCGAUGAAUAUUCAGAUGAGGAAAUAGCCGAGGAAGUGGAAGAAGCUGAAGCUGCCUGCCCUGUGUCAGGUGCUGCUGUUGUAACAGAGAGCCAAACCUAUAAGAAGCGAGCUGAUUUCUUAAGUAAUGAUGACUAUGCUGUGUAUGUGAGGGAGAAUAUUCAGGUGGGGAUGAUGGUUAGAUGCUGCAGAACCUAUGAGGAGGUUUGUGAAGGAGACGUAGGCAAAGUUAUUAAGUUGGAUCGAGAUGGAUUGCAUGACCUGAACGUACAGUGUGAUUGGCAACAAAAGGGUGGCACUUACUGGGUCAGAUAUAUCCAUGUUGAGCUUUUAGGAUUCCCACCACAGAGUUCUGCCUCUCACAUCAAGAUAGGUGACAAAGUGCGUGUGAAAAGCUCUGUUACCACACCCAAAUACAAAUGGGGAUCAGUUACUCACCGAAGCGUGGGAGUCGUCAAAGCUUUUAGUGCCAAUGGAAAAGAUGUCAUUGUAGACUUUCCUCAGCAGUCUCAUUGGACUGGAUUGUUGUCAGAAAUGGAACUGGUCCCCAGCAUUCAUCCUGGAGUCACGUGUGAUGGCUGUCAGAUGUUUCCUAUCAAUGGGCCUAGAUUCAAAUGCAGAAACUGUGAUGAUUUUGACUUUUGUGAAACCUGUUUUAAAACUAGGAAGCAUAACACCCGACAUACUUUUGGCAGAAUAAAUGAACCAGGCCAGUCUCCGGUGUUUUGUGGGCGUUCUGGAAAGCAGCUGAAGAGACGGCAUAGUAGCCAGCGGGGAAUGUUACUGGAUGACUGGUCAAGAAUAGUUAAAAAUUUGAAUGUCUCGUCCUCUGUGAAUCAGGCUUCACGUCUUAUUGAUGGUAGUGAGCAGUGCUGGCAGUCUUCUGGCUCACAAGGAAAG